AUGGAAGAGCGGAUUAGAGAACUGGAGCAGCAGUUAGAAAAGGCAACCGAGAACCUUCAAAGUGCCCCACGUCCUGAAGAAGUGCAAGAGCUGAGAGGAGAACUAGACCAGAAGAACGUUCAUCUCUCUGGGAUCAACAAAAAGAGAGAGGACGCAGAGUGGUCGCUUGGUGAACACAAGCAAUGGCUACAGGAUGCGAACAACAGGAUCCAACAUCUUGAGGAAGAGGUGGAGCACAAGAACAAGGAGCUCGAAGGACUACAAGGAGAGCUGGCAGAAAAGGAAGUAAAGAUAACAUCGCUGGAGAGUGAACUUCAAGGAGAACACGAAGUAAAGUUCGCCGGGCCUGCACUAGUGGAGUUUGUUCAGCCGGGGGAAGAGGUGCUGAGCAGGAAAAUUUUGGAGAUGACGGAGCGAAUAAAAUGUUUAGAUGAGGAGUUGUUGGUGGCAAAUGAGAGGAUAGGUUCUGCCCCUCGGGUUGAAGAAGUAGAAGUCUUAAAGAAACAGCUGAUUUUGAAGACUGAGGAGCUCCUUUCUGUUAGUCGUAAGAGGGAUGAGGCUGAGUGGUCGCUUGGAGAAUGCAGACAGUGGCUUGAGAAUGCGAAAAACGAAACUGUUUACUUGAAGGAGUUGGUGGAGGAGAAGGAGAGGGAAGUGAGGUCUUUUGCUUACGAGUUGUCAGAGCUGAAAGGUAAGCUGGGGUCGCUUACAGGUGGAGUGGAUGAAGCGAGUGUAUUAAAACGUGGCCGUAGUGGUAGUGCUGCGGUCGUGGAUGAGAACGAACUGUUGUUUUUGGAUGCGGCGACGGAAAGAACUGAGGAUGCUCUGCGUGGUUUAAAGAAGCGCUGCGAGGAAAUGGAUCUUUUGAAGUGUCAGGUCAGGAAGGAAACAGUUGAGAAGACAGAUAUCUACGGUGAUUUUAGAGUAAACGGGUUUCUGAAGGAAAGAAUGGUUGAUUCCCGACUGAAGGAGGUGAAGGACAAUGCAGAUAAUCGGAUUGACGAGUUCACUUCCUUGUUACUUAACGGAUAUGAGCAAAUUGCGCGUCUUCAGCAGGGAAUUAAUGAAAAAGAUGACACGCUAACGCUUGUGCUCAAUAUUAUUAAUGAGUUGGAUUUAUUGACAGGAAGGAUUGGGCCAGUGGAUGAAAACUUACGGAACUUAUUAGGGAAAGUCUCACAGAUGAAAGAAGUGGUAGAAAGGGAACUCAAGUCAGAAACAUCUGCCUUAAUGAAUGAUGAGGUAGCGCAGCUGAAAAAAACUAUGGAUAUUGCUGUGGAAAGUAAUCUCGUUGAAGGUGCUAGACGACGAAGCGGUGACCAUGGGCUCUUUGGAGCACAUUCUGCAAGCAAGGCCAACAUUUUAGUGAAUUCAUUGGCUGGAGCGCUAAAAAGUUCUUCGGACGCUGAGUCACAACUCUUGGCGCCCUUAAAAGUCCUCGAAAUGGCCGUGGGCGUGUCAGGUGGAGAUGCAGGAUUGGAAGAGAUGGAGAAAACGAUAGCUGAACUGAAAGGUAAGCUCACGGAAGACGUGAAACAAAUGGUCAAUGCACAACAGAAAGAGGAUGAAAUGAGAGCAACAAUUCGGUUGCUCGAGAACUCAGUCACAAAUCUGAAGGGUGAAGUCGAUCAGAAAUGUUCUUUGAUUGCAGAAAUCCAGAAGUGUAAAGAAGAGGAGCUCAGCGAGCAAAAAAAAGAUUUGUCUGCCGUCCAAAAAAGUCUUGAUGAUUUAAUAGUGGUAUUAAGUGAAAAAGAAAAAGAACUGAACGAAAUUCGGGACGCUAAUGAUGAGCUUCGUCAUCGUAACGAAGAACUUAGGGAAGUGAUUGAUGGAAAAGAAAAAGAAGCGCAGGCCUCAUUGGAGAGUUCUACGAACGAGUUACACCGUACGAUUGAAUUUUUGAAGCAGACUGUUGAAAGAAAGGAGGAAGAAUAUAAGGAAAUUGUACAGGACAGAGACAAGUCGUUAAACGUUUUGGAUGAAAUUCGUGUGCGGUACAAUGAAGGCAGAACUAGAAUAGAAGAACUAGAAAAAGAAGUUUCAAAAUUAAUAAGUGAGAAUGAAGCAUACAAAAGGGAGGCUAAGGCGGAACUCUACCAAAUUCAGGAAAGGAAUAUUAGCCUUGAAGAGAGCCUGAAGAGAUCUGAAGUGACAAUAACCAGUCUAGAACGGGAAAAAGAUAUAAUGAGACGUGAUUAUUUCUCUGUGAAAUCUUACACAACUUUUGCUAACCAAGCGGAAGUCGAGGAAGAGCUAAAAAAAUUGCAAGAAAAGUAUGCUAUACUCACCGAGUUGUUAAAAGCCACUGAAGAACUGUUGAUUAAGCUGAAAGCGGAGGCACCAGAUAAAGCAGAGUUUGAGUCUCUACGGAGAACGGUUGACGUUUUACGCAAGCAGUUAGAGGAGAAGGAACUAGAACUUAAGAACUUAGAUAUAAGAAGAUCUGAAACAGAAAGAAGUCUUGAUGAGCAUCGACAGUGGUUAAAGGAUGCAAAUGACAGGCUAGAAGUUCUAUACGAAAUUAUGGGUAACGAGUGGAAAUGCGAAAUUUUCAUUUAUAUUCUUACUUUUAUCUUUUCAAAUACAGAACGAGAAGAUUUAGAACCUGUGACUAGUUUUUAUAAAACUUUGAAAAUUAAUGAAAGCGGUUUUAAUGUAAUUGUUCUACAAGAAGGAGUUUUAAGGGUAACUGAGCUGGAAAGCUUAUUGGCAAAAACAAAAAAGGAAAACGAAGCCUACCGCCACUCAAUCAGAUGUGAAAAUAUAGAAAUUCAGGAAGAGAACAACCGUUUAUCCGAAAAUCUAAGAAAGCAACAGGAAGUAAUCACUGACCUACACAAAAAAAUUGAGGAGCAACAGCAGUCUAUGAUUGAAAUUGAACGUGCUCAAGCAGAACGUCUGGCACCAGCUGGAAUGGAGGGGGAGGAGAACGACUUAUAUAGGAUGCGAAUUGCAACUAGCGAUGAUCAAGACAAUAGGCUAGAAGGUCGAGGAACGAUUUUUUUGGCUAUUUGGCUUCAUUUUAUGUCAGUUUGGAAAGCUAGAUAA